CUGCUAGGCCGGAUGGAACGCACCUAAACGAUCAGCUGUCGAGUACGGAGAAAUCGAACAAACAGCGGAAGUCAGAGAAUGCACGAUGACAAGAAGCUAGCUAACGUUAGCUUGAGAAUAAAACAUCAAAAGCACAAAAUAGCUAGCGCAUAAGUGUCCCAAAAGAACGGUUAAUGGACGUGUGUUUCUAGUAAAUGUUUAAAUAUUUGUUUAUCCAAAAGAGGGGAUUAGACAUUUGAAGAAAAAAGGAUGGACCCAGCCUUGUUGAGAGAGCGGGAGCUCUUUAAGAAGAGGGCUCUCUCUCAGCCCACUGUUGAGAAGAGACCUGCAGCCUCCGAGUCAGGAGGUUCCAAGAAGAAGAAGUCCAAAGCUGACAGGGAGGCCUCCGGGUCCAAACAUGGCGCAGACACCAGUAAUGGUAACUUUAACCUGAAGGCUCUAACAGGCAGCUCUGGCUACAAGUUUGGUUGCCUGGCGAAGAUAGUCAACUACAUGAAGACCAGACACCAGCGCGGAGACACUCACCACCUGACUGUGGAGGAGAUUCUAGAUGAGACCAAACUACUGGACAUCGGCAUGAAGCAGAAACAGUGGCUGAUGACUGAGGCGCUGGCCAGUAACCCUAAGAUAGAUGUGAGGGAUGGUAAAUAUGCCUUCAAGCCCAAAUACCACCUGAAGGACAAGAGAGCGUUGCUCAGACUGUUGGAUAAACACGACCAGCUGGGACUGGGAGGAGUACUGUUGGAUGAUGUUGAGGAGGGGCUACCUAACUCUGCCAAGGCACUGAAGGUUUUGGGAGACCAGAUCAUCUUUGUGACCAGACCAGACAAGAAGAAGAUUCUGUUCUAUAACGAUAAACACUGCCAGUUCACAGUAGACGAAGAGUUCACCAAGCUGUGGCGUAGCAUCCCAGUGGACUCUAUGGAUGAAGAGAAGAUUGAGGACUAUCUCAAGAGACAGGGCAUCUCGUCCAUGCAGGAGACUGGACCAAAGAAAGUCUUACCAAUCAAGAGGAAGAAGCCAGGUGGACAGAAGAAGAGACGCUUCAAGACUCACAAUGACCAUCUGGCCGGAGUACUGGAGGACUACUCAGAGGGCGUACCCGCUAAGAAGUGAUGCCACUUCCUCUUUCCUGGCCCAGUGAGAGAGGGGUGACCUGGGAGUUGUAGUUUUUGUAGUUUGUUUUGCCGGAAAAAAACUUUUUCUGUGUCUCGCCAAAACUACAAUGAAGAUGAGACUGUCGGUGUCUCAAUUAUCUUGCUUCCUUUCCUUGUCCUUUCCGCCCUGAUAAAGGAGAGGAGAUGAGGAAAGGAAGCCAUUUUGGAACAUUGAGACACAAGAUGGCUGACUGAAGUGAAGUCCUUGCCAAACACUCGCUGUCAUUUAUGAUAAUACUGUACCAAUUGGUUCUGAGCAGUAAUACAAAAGGUGAACGGCUUAGGGUACCAAAAAUUCCGGUAACUUUCCCAGAAUUCACAGGUUUUCCAGAAAUCCCAGUUGGAAUAUUCCUGUAAUGACAAAUUCCCUGGAAUCUGGUAAUACUCCAACGGGGAUGUCUGGAAAACAUUGGGAAUUUCGGGAAAGGUACCGGAAAUGUGUAACCCUAGAAUGGGGCUGUAUGUGUAAAUAUCUUCUUUAUUUUGUCUGCCACACCAUGUGUGUGAAAAAGUGUUUUAAAUAAUAGCUGUCGUAUGAUCUGCUGUGGUUGUUCCCUAUAUUCAUUUACAACAGUGGUCACCAAUGGCAACCCUGGUCCUGGAGAAAUACAGGUUGUGCAGGGUUUUGCUCCAGACCUGCACAAACACUCCUGAUUCAACUAAAGAACUCGUAGAAUCUGCAAUGUUUACUCAGACAAACACUAGCCUGGUCCCAGAUCUUUGUGCUAUCAUUCCAAAACGACAUGACAAGGAGUUGACAUAAUAGCAGAUUUGGGACCAGGCUAGACAAACACCCCACUCCCAUAGAAACUCUUUGUGCCGGCAUACCUAUAUACUACUCAGCUAAUAAACUGUUCAUCAAGACUUUGAUUAGGUGAAUCGGGUGUGUUAGUGCAGGGCUAGAACAAAAGCCUACACAUCCUGUAGCUCUCUAGUUCCUGGUUUGUUGGUAAACCGCUGGCCUCUGAGCUUUCUUCAUUACUGAGCGUGUUACACACAGGACCUUUUCCUGAGGCCUCUCUGACCCACAGGACCUUUUCCUGAGGCCUCUCUGACCCACAGGACCUUUUCCUGAGGCCUCUCUGACGGACACACAAUAAAGUCAUAGACAACA